CUGUGUAUUAGCAUCGUGAAACUCAAGAUCGAGAUGUCUAUGGCUGAGCUUAUCGCUCAUGUCGCUCGAACCCAAGACAUGGGACCAGUACGCUUCAACAACCCAGAAAGCUCCAACGGCACGAUCAAUGCCAAAGGCUACACGUUCAAUACCACGACCAGCCAGAGCAAGAGAGGUUCCGUACAGAAAGCACCUGCAUCACCUGAGGAUGUCGAGCUCGGCAACGUCAGACCUUCAUCCCCAGAGGCCAUGCAAAAUCACUUCGGCAUCAUCGAAGAAGAGGAAACGAUGCAUGAUGACCAUCAUAUCGAGGAUGGUUUCGUGGUUCACAGACACAACGAGAUUACAGUCGAAGUCGAAAGCGCACCUUCAGAGCGAUCUGAAAAGACGGAUGGCCAAGGCGAGAACUUUGAUUCUCGAAGACAUACUUCAGACAGUGAUGAGGCGCCAUUGCGUAAGCCGACAAACACUAUGGGUGUCAAUACAAAGGUCUGGGGUCGCUACUAGGCUCGACGCCGCUUUAAAAUGGGCAGAGGCAUUUCUGUGGACAUGUCCGUGUUAGUGUACAGAAUACGGUUGACACGGCCUAGAUAAUUGUUUUCCUUUGUUGUUACAGGCGGACAGAACUGCUUUCGAUUUCUUGACGAUAGACGUAUCGUUGCACUGUGAUACCCACUACAUUAUAUAGCAUCUUUUUAACUUAGACCGGCAUUAUCCUGACACGCGUCCAAAAUGUUUCCAUGUGUAGUGCAAGGACGCUCGUACCAAGACAGGUAGAGGAUAGAGCUACCUUCCGU